AGUAUUCUAGCCGCGCAACCGCUGAUAUUAUGAUGGUGUUACAUUAUCGUAUGAAAUUUCUAUUUUAUGGAAUAAUCGUUAAAUGAGAAUAAGUGAUUACGAAUGACGAAUUAAGGUACAAUUGGAGAUAAAGAAUAUGAGUAUUUCUCAGGAAAAUGGUGCAACGAUAUUGUGUCAGGAGGUUUUCGAUGAUGCCUCGCAUCCAUCAAAUGAUGAGGUGCUCGAUUAUGCGAGACGGUUGGGAAUCAAUCCUGCAACAGAACCAUACCUACUUGAUUUGGCACGGGAGGGCCUGAUGGCAGCGUUACCGGAGGGCUGGCAACCGUGUUAUCUCGAGCCUCAGGAUGCUUGGUACUAUUAUCAUGCUGCAACUGAAACAACGACAUGGGAACAUCCAUUGGAUGCCAAAUACAAGGAACUUGUUGAAGAAUCAAGAGCUAGGCAUAACAUGCGACACAGUACUGACGAUGAUUCAAAGACAACGGCCAAAGACCUAGAAACUCACGAGGAUGUGACUCUCCCCAAGGACCCGCCAUUUUCAAAGGUACCUGUUCUUCAAACAAAAAUACCCACUAAAUUAACACCACUUAAAAAAAUUGGUCUUGAAUCAUCGCGUCGGAAGGCCAGCAAAAAAAACACUGAUGAUAAAUCUCUUAAUACCAGUACUUUAAUAGCUGAGCGUACUUCUAGAGAUUAUACCAAUCUUCGCUUUCAAGAUCCUCAAUUUUAUGAGAGCCCCAAUCUACCAAAGAAUUCCGAGAACAAAAUUAAUUUACGAGAAAUUGUGAAAAGAUCCGAGUCUAUGAGUCCGAGAUACGAAAAAGACUGGGAACAAUUAUCCAAUAAAUUUAGUUCAGAAGAAAAUGUUAUUGAUAUUGACAGAUUGAGUGUUAGUUCAUUAACAAAAUCGGAUUCGAAAUCUCUACCUGAAAGAACAGAGAACGAGAGAAACCAAAAUCAGUCGGGUAAUCAAAAGGAGCUUCUUUUGAGCGGUGGAGGAUCUAUGUUUUUGAAAAGCAGCCGAAGCCGUGACAGUACACCAAAUCAAGAUGGGGGAAAAAUUCAGGACUUCCAUACCACUGAUGUUGCAUCAGCCGCAAAUGACAUCAGUGACAUAACAGAAAGGCCGAAAUCUAUCCUUCGAGAAAAGCCUUAUGAAGAUGACGAUCGACCUACAGAAGAAGAGCGUAAAAGUGUACGAUUUGAUCUCGAAAAAGGUCUGGAAGAUAUGAAAUUCAUGUAUUCUGGUUCCGAAGAUAACGACUGGGACUCCGAUUCGAUGGGGAAACAGUCCUCUUUCACAGCAUUAAAAAAAAACUUCAGCUUACAAAAUCUUCAACUGGAAUCUUCAGGUGUACCUCAUAUCAAUGCUAAUAAGCUUCAAAAAAAUAGUCUGAUUGAAGAAAACACUGCUUCAAAUUCGAAUGCACGUGCAAAAAUUGUGGGCCGAAGAUUCCUUGUUCAGAAUGUGUCUGAAGUAGAGCAUAUGAAUCAACUUCUCGCUGAAGAUAUACAUGACGAUCAUUUGACAAUCAAUAAAUUCACAAAGGUGAAGAAUAUUGACUUGAUUCCAAAGACAGACAGUUGUAGUGCAGAACGUACUUGUCGACAGGAAUCAAAUUUGAACAAUCGUACGAUUUCUAUGAAGAGUGGGGAAACACUGCUGAGUACUGUGGAAGCCUCACUCGAGCCAAAUAAACAAGAUAACCAAUACGAAGAGGAUGAAAUCCCUAAUGUUACACGUCGCGACGGUCUCUCCAAUGGAACAUCGCAAAUACUGCAGGAAAAGGGUGGGAAAAUUAAUGAUGUGAUCAAUCAAAUGUGGGCAGAACAAGAAGCGGAAAUUAAUAAAAUGAGAAAGGUGUUUGAAGAGCAAUUGGAAAACAGAAGAAGAGAAUUGGAAAUUCACUUCAAUGAUGAACAAAAAUCUAUGGAAAGGGAGCUAGAAAACAGAUUGGCUCAAAUAAAACGUCAAUUGGCUGAGAAAGAAAAGGAUGAAAUACAGAGACUAAUCUCGGAAAUGGACGAUAUAAGGACAGAAAACCUAAAAAAAAUGAGGAGUGAAUUAGAAAUGUGCUAUGAAAAGGAGCGACAAGAUAUUCUUGAGAAUAUUAAAGCUGAAUUAGAUGAGCGAAAGAAAGAGUUAUUAGAAUUGAGAAAUCGUGAGUUACAAGUACUAGAAAACGAGUUUGAGCAUACUUUAGAUGAUGAUAGAAGUAUGAAAAUAGCAGAGCAUGAAUUAAGUCAACAAUAUAAUAGGAAAAUUGAAGUGAUGAAAAAAGAACUUGAAAAGGAAUUUAGUGACUUGAAAAAUACGCUGAGAUCACAGCAGCGUGAAAAAGUCGCGAAGAUUACAGAAGAUCAUGAAAAAUGUUUGGCAGAUAUCUUGAGAGAUUUUAGGGUUGAUGAACGAUUGUCAAGAAAAGCAUAUAAACAACGAUUGGACGAAAUUCGAUCUGACUUGUCACGAGGAAUAGAUAGGGAAACGAAGAAAAUAUCUGAUCAUGCGACUCGACAACAAAUGAUAGACUUUGAGAAAAUACGCUGUGAGAAACGCUUAUUAGAGGAUAAAUACAAAAUUUUGAAGGAAAAGUACUUGAAGCUGAAAAACGAAGUCCGUGUGGCUGUGGAACGACGAAGUAAGAGAAGAGAAAGCAUUACGACAGCGUCAGAAACUGAGAGGUCGGCUUCUACGAAAACAAGAACAGAAAGGGAUGAAUCGAUUGACCAAAAAACACCAUCGAGGAACCUAAGUUCGAAUUCAAGAUCACUUGAUGGUAAAAAUCGCAAUGUUGAUGAUGAAUCCGAAGAACAAAGAGCCCUACCAGGAUUCCGGCGCGUUGGUGACUUGAUAAAUACAGCGAAAUGUGAAUCAGAUGAUCCCACAACCGCCAGUGAAACUAUGAACUCAGAUGUACUGAAAAAACGAAAAACAUUUCUAAAGAAAGUUCCCGGUGCCUCAAGAAACUCGCAUGGUGAGAGUCAUACUAAUAAUGCUAAUAAUAAUAAUAAUGACAGCAUAGAGAAUCCCGUGGAAAAUAUCAGGAAGCAGCUGGAAAAGCUUGAAGAUCUUGGUGAUCAAUUACCGAGUAAUGAGACUGCGUAUACUUUACGAUAUCCUUUUCAGGAUAAAGCACCAGUAAAUUCAUCAUCGGAGUUGGAAUUUUUUCGCCACCGCAUUCAUGUUGAGAGGGACUCUAUAAAGCGUGCUCGAGAAGCCUUACGAGUUCAACGCAGCAUCUUCCAGGGGCGACAGAGAACAUGGAAACAACGAAGUGCCAAAGCUACUUUAGAACAGUUGGUCCAGGAGGAACGAGAGCUCUCAGAGAUGGAAGUGGGUCUUCAUCGGACUAGGAGCUUACUUGGAGAAAAAAUCAUUCACUUGAGGCAUUCUGAGCAGUCACUUGAAAGGGUAGUGAAUGCAAAAAGAAAUGAAAAUCAAAAUGCUCCAUUGAAGAAUGAUGAAUUAACUUUGAGCGACAUGUCCAGUGCCAGCAGUGGAUUCAGUUCUACUGAUCUAGGUACAGACACGUUUAUUGAUAAACCAGAUCAGUAUCAGGAGUCGACAGAGAUAAUCGCAAGCUUAGAAAACUUGAAUUCUGAAAUUCGUGAAAUUUGGGGAGUCCUGAAUAAACGCCAAGGCAACAAUAUUCCGCCUCCACCGACAUUAUCAUAUUCUGACUUGGGAUGUUUUUCUCAUCAACACAUCAUCUCCUCAGCUAACAAUGCACAAAGUUUCGGAACUCCCAAUAUUCAUUCAAAUAUUUUAUCUCAACUGACAGCAGCACUUCCAUCUACUACAACCCAGAAUAUUAUCACUCAAUAUGGACCAAAUAGUGGAUUCACUACGAGUGUUGGCACCGUAGAACGUGGUCCCUCAAAUUUAAUGGAGAGAACAAGAAACAUGAGAGAUUGGUUGCGACAAGCACGCAUGGAAUCGACCGAUCCCAUUAGCCCUGGAGAAGCGACACUUUGAAAUAUAAAACACUUUAUUUUUCAGUGAAUCAACGAUCUUUCAAAUAAGAAAUGCCCCUUAGUAGCCAUAGCAGACUGAUAUGAAUUCACCGUCAGAUUGUUUACUACAAAUAUUAAAUAACAGUUCUUUCGCGAAGUCGAAUGUCAAUUUUAAUUUUAUGGAUAACUUAUUUAUUACUUCAUGAUUAUCAGUAGUUUCAAUUUUCCUGCAAAAAUUUAUUAUCAGUCGUUAACUACAUCAAAUAUUAUUUCUGGUGACUUAAGGUAUUUAUGGCGUGGUCAUGGGGGAUGGGAAAAAGUUAAGAAACUGAUAUUUUUUUUAUACAUUCUUUGAUUUUUUCAAAACCUCUAUGGAAAAUACCAAAUAGCUUAGGAGAAUGAGGGAAACAUAGGAAUUUUUCUAAAAAAUGCAGUUUAAAACGAGCUCUUAUGGGAAUUCGGAAAAAAAUGAAUUAAAAAUAGAAAAAAAAUCGCCAUUUUCCUCAAAUUUCGUACAUGAGUGGCGCUUUCAUGGAAGAAUAUAAAACAUAAUCCAAGUGGCCUAGAAGAAUUGUUUAGAAGGUAUAAUUAAAAAACUCAUGAAGAUUAGGAAUUCUGCGCGCGCAACUUGAAAAAGCGACAACGUCGAGAUUGGAAAUCGUGGCGGGGUAAGCACGGCAAGUACGAAUGGAGUUGUGAUGAUACAUUUCGCUAUGGGAAUGAACAUAACAGCUGAGUGAAUCAGUGCUGC